AGAGUUGGAUGUCGUGGGCGGGAUGAGGUAUGAUCCUUGAAGCUCACGAGCUUCACGCAGUCAGGCAGGAGAUCGAAAUGGCGGCACCAGCAGAGAGGAUGGAGGUUUCUCAGGGGGAGAGCUCAGCCAAGCCUUCAGCCGAGGACAUGACAUCAAAGGAUUACUACUUUGACUCCUACGCCCACUUUGGCAUCCACGAGGAGAUGCUGAAGGAUGAAGUCCGUACCCUGACGUACCGUAACUCCAUGUUUCACAACAAACACCUGUUCAAAGAUAAGGUGGUGCUGGAUGUAGGCAGCGGGACGGGAAUCCUCUGCAUGUUUGCAGCUAAAGCCGGAGCCAAGAAGGUUAUAGGGAUCGAGUGCAGCAGCAUCUCAGACUACGCUGUGAAGAUCGUGAAGGCCAACAAGAUGGAUGAUGUUGUGACCAUCAUCAAGGGGAAGGUGGAGGAGGUGACUCUGCCUGUGGAGGGAGUAGACAUCAUCAUAUCGGAGUGGAUGGGUUACUGCCUCUUCUACGAGUCCAUGCUCAACACGGUCAUCUACGCCAGGGACAAGUGGCUGAAACCAGACGGACUCAUCUUCCCCGACAGGGCGACUCUUUACGUCACCGCCAUUGAAGACCGGCAGUACAAGGACUACAAAAUCCACUGGUGGAGAACUGUACGAUUCGACAUGUCGUGCAUUAAGGAGGUGGCGAUAAAGGAGCCCCUGGUGGAUGUAGUCGACCCUAAACAGCUGGUCAGCAGCGCGUGUCUCAUCAAGGAGGUGGACAUCUACACGGUGAAGGCGGACGACCUCACCUUCACCUCGCCGUUCUGCCUGCAGGUGAAGAGGAACGACUACAUCCACGCUCUGGUCACUUACUUCAACAUCGAGUUCACUCGCUGCCACAAGAGGACCGGAUUCUCUACCAGUAAGUGAACACACCACACACCUGUUGU